AUGACGACGAGCAUCAGCUCCACGGCUAUGACAACGACCUCACCAGUAACAACAACAACAACGACAACAACAACAACGACACCUGCAACAAUAGUAGCCCCUCUUUCUACUACCGGUACUACGAACAGUAAUCUGGACGACAACAUCCAACCUACUACUGUUCAUACUAAAGGUACUAGUCCUCUACGGCGUCUACCGCCGGUCCUACGGGACCCUAGUGGAUCUACCAGUAUUUCAACCGGUGCCACAACCACAACCACAGUAUCCAAUGCGUUGGGUCCAAGUACAACCGGUAACCGGGUCUUGACGGUAAUGGACCGCCGUCAUUUGUACCCAUCGCAACCACUUACAAGACUCUAUAAUGGAGGAGCGACAUCCUCCCCAUCUAUGCACAUGCCGCCGCAAUACUUUGACACUAUAGAGAGUGGUCGGGUCACGGUCCGACCGUCGUCCUACAACCACAACCACCUCUCUCCAGUAUCCUCACCAGCUAUGGCUGGUGAAUCCUGGGCACAAAAUGCCUCUAUUGGAAGUGGUGUAGCCACACGUGGGCUUAAACGUCAUUUGCCACAGCAAUAUGACGGAGUUCUAUAUGAUGGUUUUGGCAGAGUACCAGGGACACGACUACCGCAGCAAAAAGCUGAUAGUUCCACUGGUACACGAUCGACGACCAUGUCUCAUCGAGGACCUAGUAGUCUUCACGGCACAAAAAGUCUUGUCAACAGUAACAACAGUAGCAAUACACCACGUCUUCGGCCAGUGCCGAUGAUGUACGGAGCACCACCGAGUGAAGAUCCAAUGCAAUACGAGCCAUUGGGUGAAGCACGUCAUCCACGAGACAGCACCAGAUACGAGACAUGGACGUCGAAGCAACUCCGUAAAAAAUGCUCACAUUUGAAACUACGGGGCCUGAAAAAUGUCAAGAAGCACGUGAUGGUGGAAGCAUUGUACCGUUAUUAUCGGAAUCAACGUCUUAAAGACAUGGCGGACGCUGCCAGUGCUGAUAACAGCAGCAAUCACGGUGGUGUGGCUUUGCGACAACAGAUUUUGUCACCGCAGCAGCAACAACGACGGAUGGAAGUGCGACGACCAUCAAAUAUCAGUGGAAGUUCAAUGGUGGACUCCCACUCAGAUAUGCAGUACCAUUCGCGGUUUGACCAGCGUAAUGCUGGCUCACAGUCACAGUCACAAUACAGCUCCUCGCGUUCCCGCAGCUAUGCCAACUAUGGCAGCCAGAGCCCGUCGCCCCCGUCAAGCGGUGAAGAUAGUGGUGGCUCGCGUCCCCAGCGAGCUGGCACCUCCAAGCCAUCAACUAGUGGCUACUAUCUCGAUGAUGAAUCGAAGGCAGAAGCACAAUACAAGGAAGUGCCGGUGACGUCUGAAGACGUGAUUCGUCUGGUGGAUGUGGUACUGUCGCCUGAAUUUGUUGACCGAUUGGCAGCUGAACUAUCGCGCUGGCAAUUCUGGGUAGACGUGCGCGAGAUGUACAUUGCGCUGCUUAGUCGCCAGCAUCCACCCGGAUCAGCAGGUGCAAGUGGUGAAGCAGGCACCGGAGGCAGUGCUACAAAUUCACGUAAUUUCAAGUGGAGUAGCAUGCAGCUGUGGGAGAUCUGGAAAGAGCUGACGUUUGCGUACACGAAGACGUGCUUCGAGUUCACCACUGCUGGGGUGGAAGAUCGAGACUACAUUAACUUUUGUGAUGGCAGACCAGACGUAUACUAUCUGCACCAGCGACUGCACGCUAGGCCAGAUCUGUUGCAUCUGAUCAAGUCCAAUGAGUACAUUGACGAGAAGUGCACCAGCGAUGCGUCCGAGUCCAUUGCACACGAACAGCAGCAAGCCCAGCAAAAGCAACAGACUGGACCUUUGAUCGGAUCGGCUGGUCCAAUGAUGCGCAAUCACAAGCGCUACAAACGAUCAAACCCGACUGGUCCUCCAUCCGAUGCCUACAACAGCGCACGCGCCAUCGCAGCCUUCCGUGACGGCGCGGCGGGGGCCAAUGAAACCCGUGCAGCCGAUGGAGGAAACAAUGGAGACAACGGGUGUGGUCAAGGCAGUGGUGACUCACGCGGUCACUCGCCAGAGGAGAAUAGUACGGAGAAUUCGGAAACGACGGGUGAAGAAGGCAGCAGUAGCAACACAGCCAACUCGAACGCGAGCAACAACAGCUCGCAGGACGUGUCGAUGCGUGCUGCUUUAGCUGAGCAGAAAUACUUUGGCCUACUGCUGCAGAACUUUGAGGUGAUUUUUGAGUCUUUGCACAACAAGAAGGUGCUGUUGGCAACGCUACGGAAAGACAGCAAAGCUCCGGACCACCUGAUCGCUGACCUGCAUGACGAUAUCCACGUAUUGUCGGCGCUCAAGAAGGAGUUUCGAAACAAGUUGCGACGCACGAUGCAGUGA